AUGUUCGCUUUACGUCUUUCAACUUUUCUUCGUCGUCCAUCAUUUUUUCAAAUUCACUCAGCUUGUCUAGCAACGAAUAAUUCUAUGCAACGAAUUCAUUCAUCACAACCAACACGUCUUGAUCUUGAUCAACUACUUGAAAGACUUGAUGGUGAAGCUCAUCGUCGUGGUCGACUUAAUCCUGGACUUGUACGUGGUGCUAUAAGAAAAGCUGCGUUAGAACUAAAUACAAUUAAUUCUACACAAGCACUUCUUCUUAUUCGUUGUACUGGUUCAUUACUUAUAACUGAAUUACCACAUCAAAGACAACAAGUACUUGAUCAUAUGAUGAGUAUAUUUAAACAAAAAAAUGUUACAUUUGAUGUAACACAUUAUAAUUCAUAUAUGCGUGUGUCACUUCAAAAUAAUUCAUUUUUUGAUCCAAUGAAAAUAUUAGAAACAAUGAAAAAAAUUCAUAUAUCACCAAAUUUAACAUCAUUUAGAUUAUUUAUUGAAUGUUAUGCAAGACAAGGUCAAUCCGAUGAUAUACAAAAAAUUUUAAAUGAAAUGAAAUUAGCUAAUUAUAAUAUAGAACCAUUAAUAUUAACACAUUUAUUAAAUUCCUAUGCAAGAAAAGGAGAUAUAGAACGUGUAGAAAAUUUAUAUAAACUCUUCAAUGAAUUAGAAUUAAAACCAAUAUCAGAAACUUAUGAACAAUUUAUUAUAGGCUAUUUAAAACAAAAACAAAUUAAUCAAGCAAAAAAAUAUUUUGUUGAAAAUGUAUCUAAAAUGGAUAAUGAAUCAUUAUUUCGUUUAAUUGUUAUUUGUGCUGAAUGUAAACAAAAAGAUUUAUUUGAACUUGUUAUUAAUUCAAUUGAUAAAAAUAGUUUAGCUGAUAUUUGUAUUCAAUAUAUUCUCUGUGCAACUGAAUUAUUAAAUGGUAAUCUAGAUGAUUAUGCUUUUCUCCUAGUUGAAUCAUUUCCAAAACGUGAUGAAACUCUUCGUUUUGAUGUUAUUAAUUUAACUCUAUUAAAUCUGUUAAAACUUCGUCUACCAUCACAUCAUUUUCGUCCAUUUUCAACAUCAACAAUAGAUGAUAUGAAUCAAAAUCUAGAAUCUUCGAUCGAUUAUCAAUGUACACGUGAACUUGUUACUGAUAAACAACUUAAUCAUUUUCGACAAUCUAUACUCAAACGAACAGAAAACUUCGUUGAUAAAAAAGAUCGUUGGCUUGCAAUUCAUCAAUUAUUAUAUCAUGCUUAUCAAAAUAAUUUACCUCUACCAUAUAUCUAUGCAACUUAUGAUACAAUGCGUCAACAAAAUUAUGAAUUUCGUGCACAUUAUAUACGUCCAAUAUUAGCUAAACUUCCACGUAUAUAUAUGAAUAAUUCAAAAGAAAUCACUAAUCAAACUCAUAAACUUCUUAAUUAUUUACAAGAAAAUUUUUCAAUUAAAUAUGAUAAUGAAAUUAUUGAUAUAUUAAUUGGACAUCUUUUUGAUCAAUGCCAUCUUAAACCAUUAGAUAUUGCUUUAUUAUUUAAAAAUGUUAAAAUAAAUUUAAAUCAUUAUUGGUCAAAUCUUUAUCUAUCGUCAUUAAAACGAAUAAAUAUUGAACUAUUAAAUUCUUUACAAAAAUUUAUUAAUACAAAUAAAACUAUACGUUUUGAAUAUACAUCAAUUAUACGUGAACAAACAAUUCAAGCAAUGCAAUCAUUAAUUAAUCAAUUAAGUAUUGAUUAUAAUACAACAAAUUCUGAUGAAAUAUUUAAUCAUUUAAAAAUCAUUAUUAAUUUUCUUGAUGUUAUUAAUAAACGUUUUGUUAAAAAUCCAAAUGAUAUUAUUGCAUUAAAUGAUUGUGUUAUAAUUAAUAUUAUGGAUUGGUUUCUAGACAAAGAACAAAAACAAAGUGUUGAUUUAUUAAAGAAAGUUUUAAAUCUUUUUAAACAACAUUCACAAACAAUUAUAUUAACGAAUGAAACAAAAGAAAAAAUUUAUAAACAAUUAGGUAUAACAUCAGUACAUGAAGUAAAUGAUCAAUUAAUCAAAUCUUUCAAACAAGAUCAAGGAACUGGUACUUCAACUCAAUCAUCUUCUUUAUUGAAUGAUCCGUUAUCAUUCGAUGAUAGUAGUGAUGUUUAUAUAAAAACAACAAAAACUCUACGAAAUUUUACAAUAGACGAAUUAGAAGAUCAUUUAGUCGAAUUAAAACGUAAAAAUAUGAAUAUAAGUGGAAUAAUAAGUAAAUUAUUAACAAAAUAUUGUACGGAAUGUUUGGAUAGUGAACGUACAACGGCAACACCAGUUCAAGAAUCUUAUAAAAAACGUGUAGCUGAAUUAGAAACAAUUUAUUUUGAUAAAAAACAAACAUCAGGUUUUCCAUCAUUAGGUGUUAUUGCUAUAUUAAUUGAUUAUUAUUCAAGAGUUGAACUUAAUCUUGAUAAAGUUCUAUUCUAUAUAAAUUUAUCAAAUGAAAUUGAUCGUAAAUUUAAAUUAGAUCCACAUAAAUGUGUUAGUGUUAUACGUUUACUUAUACGUAAAAAUUCAUUUGAUAAAGCAAUUGAAUUAAUAGAUUCAUUAGGACAAUAUGAUGUUGUACCAAAUUAUAUGUAUCGUCGUAUACGAGAUUUAUUAUUAGAUGCAUAUAUAUUACUUAAUUUUGACCAAUUCCAAAAUCUUGUUAAUAAAUUAUUAAAAAAUAAUUAUGUUGAUCCAUCAUCAACUGUCCUUUCAUUAAUUGUACGUAAAUCCUAUCAAGAUAAUGGACCCUUACAAGCAUUUGAAACAAUAAAAAAUAUUCUUGUACAAUGGAAUAAUCUUGUUGGAAUGUUUCCAAUUAUAAGAAAAUUACUUCGAGAUGAUUGUACAGAAGAACUUAAACAAGUAUUGAUUAAAAUUGGUAAAAUUCGUUCUCGUACAUAUGCAUAUGAACAAUUAGCAUUUGCUUUAAUUCAUGAACGUCGUUUGUCCGAAGCAGUUAAAGUUUGUCAACAUAUAAGUCGUGCAACAUUCGAAGAACAUUGUCAAAGAUAUGUUCGUGAAUUAUUCUUUAUUCCAACUGAUAUACAAAAUAAUGAUGAUGAAACUAUAUCUUCAAAUAAUCUCAUAACAAAUGAUAUUUAUGAAAGUAAUCAUGUAUUUGAUACGAAUACAAUAUCACUUGUUAAUUUUAUUGAUUAUAUUGAACAAUAUCCAUCAAUAACUCGACAUUUAUCAAUUGAUACAUUAUUUUAUAGUUUAUUUAAAGCCUAUGAAAAAAUCAAUCGAUUAGAUGAAUUUACAAAACUGAUGCGUAAUUAUUCAUCGAAAUAUAUUCGACAUCUUUCAUCCAAAACAAAAGAUGCAUUUAGUCAAGCUGGUAUAACAUUACAAAUCAAAUCAUUAUCAUCACCUAAACAAUCAAUAAAACAUAAUCAUAAACAUGAGAGUUUUUUACAUGAUCAUGAUUAUGAAGAUGAUUCUCAUUCACAACAAAAUUCUUUCUAA